UGCACAAACUUGUCAUGUGGGUUUCAUCCACAUGUCAGCGAAAUGAUUCGAUUUGAACGUCGGCAGCUUCAGCUGCUGGAGAAGUGAAAGAAACGACAGACGGCACACUCUGAGCUUAGUCAUGACGGUUAAAGUAGGCCACUUCUAAUAAUAACACAGACCACCGAGGACCCUGCAAAACAAAAACAUGGAGGCAACACGCUAGAGAAACCAACGACACGUACUCACACCAACAGAAAUGGAGGACCUUGAGGAGGAAGGCGUUAAUGAAGAGCUGAUUGAGUUUGCCAUUCUGGAGAGCAUUCAAGAUGCCUUCAGGCUGCGGUGUUCAGCGCCAGCACACUGGAAACAGCCAAACAGUGAAAACUUUAUGAAGAUAAUGACGGCGAUAGAUGGAGGUGAUGUAGCUGCACUGCAGGUGCUGUCGUGCUGCGCGUCUGCCUUCGGAGAGAGCGACAGCAGGGGCUGGCUUCCUCUGCAUGCAGCAGCUGCUCUGCCAAAGACAGAAAUGCUGCAUGUGGUGCUGCAGGUGAUGGCAUCCAUGGACGCGACACUAGAGGAGCAGACGAAGGACGGGGACACGGCGUUGACGCUGGCAGCAGAAGCUAACCAAGUGGAAAACAUCAAGCUGCUGCUGCGGCACGGAGCCUCGCCGCACAACACAAACAGCAGGAAUGAAUCUCCUCUGCUCCUCGCAGUGAGACAGAGUUCAUAUGACGGCGUUCAUUCCCUCAUCCUGGGCGGGGCCUUCGUGGAGCAGGUGUGUCUCACGAAGUGGACAGCGACUCAUGAAGCUGCAAAGGUGGGAUGUCCAGCUAUUCUGAUGCUGCUGCUUCGCCACGGAGCCCAGGUCACCGUCAGAGACGGUCAUGGUGUGACCGCUAUGGGAAUUGCAGCGGAGCACGGCCGGACUGAAGCCCUAGAAAUACUUAUACAGCACGGGGGAGAUGUGAACGCCCGGGCCAGCAAUGGGGACACGGUCGUGUAUGACGCGUCCGGGUCGGGGAACCUGGACUGUGUCAAGCUCCUUCUGCAGCACGGAGCCAACCCAAACGUGGCCAGCUACGCCUGUCAGCUGCCCAUCCACAGGGCUGCGUAUGAAGGACACACGCUAGUCCUAAGAACUCUGAUCCCUGUCACCACAAAGAGAGCGAUCCGUCUCUCAGGCCAGAGCCCGGUCCACUCUGCUGCUGAUGGGGGUCAGACUGAAUGUCUCGAGCUCCUCAUCCAGAAUGGUUUUGACAUCAACACACAGCUAGAUAAACACAUCUCCGAGAACUAUGGCGACCUGAGGAAGACUCCUCUGUACUUUGCCGUCUCCAACGGCGACGUGACCGGUGCUGAGAUCUUGCUGAAAGCUGGAGCAAGAACAGACCUGGACCCUCUACGAUGCAUCUUGGUAGCUGUUCGGGCAGAGAGGUAUGAGUUGGUGAAGCUGCUGCUGUCCUACGGAGCCGAGGUGAACUGUUAUUUCAGAGUGAUCAACAACACUGCGUUCCCCACUGCCCUCUACUACUGCCUCAGAGACCACGACAUGCUGCGAUUGCUGCUCAACAGCGGCUAUCAGGCUCACAAGCGCGUACCUUCAAAACUCAAUUUAAACCUAAUUUUGAACGACAAUAUUUACAUUUUAAAAUAUUUUGCUUCCUGUAGAUGCUUUCGGUGCUUCCACAAUAAGAGCGAAGACUUGGACAGUACCUGGACUGACCUCCACAACCAGGCCUACAAGAUUUACUGUCAGCCUAAUGUCAUUCCAUUCUGCGAGUUCGUGUCCGUGUCGUGGCUCGCCCAUCUGGCAGGCAGCGUCGUAAGGAUUCUUCUCGACUACGUCAGCCACAUCAGCAUCUGUACCAAACUGAAGCGCAUCCUGGAGAGGACUCCUGAGUGGGAGGAGAUUUCCGCCGUACUGGGAGAACCUCGCCCCCUGCAGCACUUGUGCCGACUCGUGAUCAGGGGCAGAAUGAACAUCAGGAUGCUGAACGACCCGGAGGCCAUGGACGCUGCUCCUUUUCCUCCCAGACUGAUCGGCUACCUGACCUACAGGGCGGACGGCCCGUACGGCAGACUCUAGUGGCAACAAGAUUCGAUUUGCAGUGACUAGCUAGGAAUUUUGUAAAUGUGUGCAUUUUGUGCAGUUUUCUUCUUUUUUUUUUUCUUUUCAAAACUCCACAGUUUUUACCUAAAUCUACGCGUUCCUGUAUUUAUACUGUUUAUAACAUUGUUGUAAAAGUUGCAAAAGUAGAACCAGAACAGAGGGAAAAUGCAUGCAUGAGAAAUAAAAUAAGCGAUAUCUGGUAAAUCUGCAAAUCAGUAAUCAAGUGACUGCAAAGCUAUUAGCCAGACAAUAUAGUGAAGCAGAUGAAACAAACUGCAGAAAAGGGCAACGGAAAUUAAGACAAAUCUGCAGAGGUAAAUCGGGAGAUAGAAAACAGCUGUGGGAAAGAGGAAACUGGAAAACCGAGGGAAUGUGAAUAAGCACUGGGACUGAUGGAAGCUACAAACAAAGGAAUAACAUCCAUUAGGAGAAUCAGAACGUUUUGGUUGCAUGUAUUUCCAAACAAUAACUUAGCUAAUUACUGUUUUAAUCUAGAGGUACUCAAACAAUAAGAGAAAAAAUCUUGGCUUGGAUAAACAUGAUGCGUUAGCCAGAAAUACUACUGGAUGCUCCGGAUGCUUCGCCCGUCUUAACCCUCCAGUUCUCAGGUUUCCUGCACAGAGGUUCUACCUGCAAACCUGAAGAGGAAUCCAGAACCAGCUCGUUCCAGUGGUUCACAAGAACCUUAGAAAUGGUUUUGUAAACGUUUAACAAAUGUCAGAAACUUAGCUCCUCGCCUCUUGUUGAAUUUUUCUAGACCAGGUGAUUAAUGCUCUGCUUUCUGAUAUCUUUUAACCUGUUUCAUGUUGCCAAACAGAUUAUACUUAGAUUAUUAUUUUUUUCUUUUCUCGUUUGACUAGUGAGACUGAACCAGAAAAUUUGACUGAUCACAGUUGACUCAUGAUUGAACAAGCAAAGUAUUUAGUUUUUCAAAUAGGAUCUGGUUGGUUUGGUUAGUUUGUCUGAAACCAUGAUUUAAUAUUAAUUUUUUUUAAAUCUUUGAAAUAAGAAAAUGUGUUCAAUUAUCCGAAACGUGACAAAAAAGCUAAACCAAAAGAAAUCUGUAAACACAAACACUUUUUCACAGCACUGUACCUUCUUAGAACGAAGAGUAUUUGCCUUUUGAACAUGUUCUAUGCUCACAGUUGCUAAUAAUGCUCAGUGUUUGACAUGUACACUUUUGAACAGUGACUCCCAAAUAAAGCAAAAUGAAACAUUUAA